AUGAUUCCGGCAUCACCUAAUGGUGGAUUCGGUGGCUUUAAAUAUGCUAAUGACCUGCCAGAGGGCCUUCCCAAGAUUCAAGACAUCUUCUCUCUGUAUGCAUCCUCAUCAGGAUGGAACCCUGCGCCAUAUUGGUCGUUUGCGGUGGUUUAUGCCCACCUUCGUCUGUGUGUAAUUACACAUGGAAUUGCGGCCAGAAUAUUUAGGGGCCAAGCAUCGAGUGCAAAUGCUGAAGCCCAUGCCAAGUCAUAUUUCCCUCUGUCGGCACUUGCCAUGCAAGAAAUCGAGGAGUAUAACGAGAACCAAUCAAAGUUAUAG